CAAAGACAAGCUGGAGAAGACCCGCCGAGAGAGUCGGAGCGAACGAGAGGAGUUUGAGACCGAGUACAAACAGAAGUACGAGAGAGAGCGAGUGCUGCUGUCAGAGGAGAACAAGAAACUUUCCAGCGAACUUGACAAGAUGAUGUCUUCAUUUGAGAAGUUGAGCUGCAGUAACAAACAGCUGGAGGAGGAGAUGAGAGAACUGGCUGAUAAGAAAGAGAGUGUGACCCACUGGGAGGCCCAGAUCACAGAAAUCAUUCAAUGGGUCAGUGAUGAGAAAGACGCUCGAGGUUAUCUGCAGGCUUUAGCCACUAAGAUGACAGAAGAACUGGAAGGCAUGAGGAACGCCAGUCUGGGUGCACGUGCUACUGACAUGCCAUGGAAGAUGAGACGUUUGGCUAAGCUGGACAUGUCUGCGCGUCUGGAGCUGCAGUCUGCACUGGAUGGCGAGAUUAGAGCCAAACAAACCAUCCAGGAUGAGCUCAACAAAGUCAAGGCGUCACAUAUGGCCACUGAGUGGUAA